GCGGGGCCUCCCUGCGCGCCUGCGCGCUGCGGCGGCCGCGCCUGCGCGGUGCGUCCGGAUCGGGUGGGGCCGGGGUCACCCUGAGCUGCGGACGGCGCCGAGAUGCUGAGCAGGUUCCUGGGCCCGCGCUACCGCCAGCUGGCCUCGAACUGGAUUCCCACGGUGAGCAUGUGGGGUGCCGUGGGCACCGUGGGGCUGGUGUGGGCCACCGACUGGCGGCUGAUUCUGGACUGGGUGCCCUAUAUCAACGGCAAGUUUAAGAAGGACGAUUAAUUACGCCCCCGGUGGAGCCCCCUGGUAGGUGUCAGUGGUGCCUGCUCCUUCCAUCUGCAUCUGGAACAGUCCAAGCCCUCAGGAUGGACCGCGAGGAAAUCCACAGUGCAAUUCAGGACUUUCUGUGUUUCUAGAAACAUCUCUGAUCGAGUGCACACAGCAUUAAACCUCGCUCUGAAACCUGCCCACUUGGACCUGGUGAUGCUGGGGACUUGGUUACCCUGAUUGCAGGCCCAGUGGCUCUGGUGACCUGGGGGUCCUUUCAGCUCCAAACUUUUGCAAAUCUAGGAGCUUCCCGGUGGCUGGCAGAAACUGAUUACUUAAGAUGUUCAAUGGGUAAUA